GUCGCUGUAGGAGACUUGGGAAAUUACCACAGGGGAUAGGUAAACUAAUUAAUUUAAGACACCUCCUUCUUGGUGAAUAUCAUAGUCAUAUAAGAAUAAAAUCGUUUCCAAAGGGAAUUGGGAGAUUAACUUGUCUUAAAACAUUAGGAUACUUUCCUGUAGGUAAGGGUGAAGAAAUAUGUAAACUGGGAGAAUUAGAACAUUUGAACCACAUUCAAGGGAAACUUCAAAUAUGCAGGUUGAGUAAUGUGGUAGAUUUUGGUGCGAUCGAGAAUACAUUGAAGAAGAAGAACCACCUCCGUGAUUUGUGGCUACGUUUUAACACAUUAGAGGAAGAGACAGAGGAAGAGGAAGAGACAGAGGAAGAAGGAAGAAGAAAAAUGGAGAAAGAUGUAGCCAUUCUAAAUGCCUUAGAGCCACCUCCCUACUUGAAAGCUUUAGAAAUUUGUUUUUAUAAGGGCACCACAAUGUAUCCUAAUUGGAUGAUGUCCAAAUUGACCUAUUUGAAAAGCCUUAUUCUCGACCAUUGCCCAAACCUAGAGCAGUUGCCUCCUUUGGGGAAGCUGCUAUUGCUCGAAAAAUUUGAAAUAUGGAACGCUCCAAUGAUUCGAAAGGGAGAUGAAUUUUUGGGAAUAGACAUAAAAGAAGAAGAAUUAUCAGAAUCAUCCAAAAACAAUAACAACAAAGACAUCAUCAUAUUCCCAAACCUUAAAUCUCUCUUUUUCUAUAGAUUGGAUGAGUGGGAAGAAUGGAGUGGGAUGGGAGGAACAAUAGAAGAAGAAGAAGAAGAAAAAGAUAAUAGUGCUAAUGCUUUUGUUACUAAUAAUACUCCAAAAAUAAUGCCACGUCUUCAUUCCUUGCAAAUUUGGGACUGCGGCAAUCUAAGGUCUCUGCCAGACUACCUGCGUAAUACUCCAUUACUACAGGAAUUGUAUAUCUCUGGAUGUCCAAUUCUCGCGCAGCGUUGCGAAAGAGGGAUAGGAGAUUACUGGCCCAACAUUUCUCACAUUCCAAACAUCCAAAUUGAUGGUGAUUACGUGCAAAGAGACGGUCAACUUCCAGACAGCAUUGAUUGAUUCAGAGAUGCAUGAUGAUGCUGUUGAGGUGGACAAGAUUGAGGACAGUAAUCAUGAGGAAGAUGAUGAGGCUUGGUUUGAGGCGGAAGAACAAUUGGAAGUAAACAUUGAUGAAGGGGAUUUUAAAUCUGGGCAGUUGACACGCACAGAAGAAGACAGAUACAUUAUGAUGAGACUGGGUAGUAAGAGCGUGGUGUUGAAGAAGACAAUGAAGAGGAGGUCAGAAUCCCUUUUAAAUUGCUCAAUCAUUACCUUUAAAUCUAUGUUUAUAUUGCUACUUUAUGCCUCUUACUUCUAG